UGCACGUGAUUACCAAACUGGUUGUUUUACUAACAACACUAGAGGGAAUUGUUGGUGAAUUGGCAAAAAGCUUUACUUACUGUGAAUGUGAGUUCCAACCCUGGGAAGAAUGGUCUGGUUGUACUAAGCUCUGCUACGGUACAGAAGAACGUGUGAGAUAUGUGCGAUUUACAACAUAUCCUGGAUGUAACAGCGUUAAAGACUGUGCUUCAGUUGACAUGACAUACGAAAAGCGUAACUGUAAUGAGUAUUGCUAUAAUGAAGGGACUUUUGUUUCCGUAUCCACAGGAUGCUUGUGCCUUCACGGUGAAGAAGGGCGAUGUUGUCAAAUUGUCAAUGGAGGUUGGACCGAUUAUACCUUAGAUAAUAAAGGUGAAUGUAGUGUACCUUGUGGAGGAGGCAUUAGGACCCUGAAAUACUCCAGGUCCUGUACAAAUCCCAGCCCAGAAUAUGGUGGAGACAAUUGUGUUGGCGUAACUACUAAAGACGAUCAGGAGACAUGCAAUACGCAACAUUGCCCAAUUCAUGGAGAUUGGACUGAGUAUGAAUUAUCUGCUACUGGUGAUUGUUCAACAUCAUGUGGUGAAGGUGAAAAGAUUCUGACCUAUACUAGAUCAUGUACGAACCCACGUCCUAUGCAUGGUGGAAAUGACUGUGUUGGGGAUACCGAAACUACUGAUACCGAAACCUGCAAUGACAAUCCAUGCCCAGUUCAUGGAGAUUGGACUGAGUAUGAAUUAUCUGCUACUGGUGAUUGUUCAACAUCAUGUGGAGGAGGUGAAAAGAUUCUGACCUAUACUAGAUCAUGUACGAACCCACGUCCUAUGCAUGGUGGAAAUGACUGUGUUGGGGAUACCGAAACUACUGAUACCGAAACCUGCAAUGACAAUCCAUGCCCAGUUCAUGGAGAUUGGACUGAGUAUGAAUUAUCUGCUACUGGUGAUUGUUCAACAUCAUGUGGAGGAGGUGAAAAGAUUCUGACCUAUACUAGAUCAUGUACGAACCCACGUCCUAUGCAUGGUGGAAAUGACUGUGUUGGGGAUACCGAAACUACUGAUACCGAAACCUGCAAUGACAAUCCAUGCCCAGUUCAUGGAGAUUGGACUGAGUAUGAAUUAUCUGCUACUGGUGAUUGUUCAACAUCAUGUGGAGGAGGUGAAAAGAUUCUGACCUAUACUAGAUCAUGUACGAACCCACGUCCUAUGCAUGGUGGAAAUGACUGUGUUGGGGAUACCGAAACUACUGAUACCGAAACCUGCAAUGACAAUCCAUGCCCAGUUCAUGGAGAUUGGACUGAGUAUGAAUUAUCUGCUACUGGUGAUUGUUCAACAUCAUGUGGAGGAGGUGAAAAGAUUCUGACCUAUACUAGAUCAUGUACGAACCCACGUCCUAUGCAUGGUGGAAAUGACUGUGUUGGGGAUACCGAAACUACUGAUACCGAAACCUGCAAUGACAAUCCAUGCCCAGUUCAUGGAGAUUGGACUGAGUAUGAAUUAUCUGCUACUGGUGAUUGUUCAACAUCAUGUGGAGGAGGUGAAAAGAUUCUGACCUAUACUAGAUCAUGUACGAACCCACGUCCUAUGCAUGGUGGAAAUGACUGUGUUGGGGAUACCGAAACUACUGAUACCGAAACCUGCAAUGACAAUCCAUGCCCAGUUCAUGGAGAUUGGACUGAGUAUGAAUUAUCUGCUACUGGUGAUUGUUCAACAUCAUGUGGAGGAGGUGAAAAGAUUCUGACCUAUACUAGAUCAUGUACGAACCCACGUCCUAUGCAUUGUGGAAAUGACUGUGUUGGGGAUACCGAAACUACUGAUACCGAAACCUGCAAUGACAAUCCAUGCCCAGUCAAUGGAGGCUGGACCGAUUAUAACUUAGAUACUACAGGUGAAUGUACUUCAAUGGAGGCUGGACCGAUUAUAACUUAG